AUGCGCGUUGUGCCGCGUGCACAGGUGACUGCGGACUCCGUGGACGGUUGGUCGGAUGGAACACCGCGUCGGCGCCGUCGUGACGAGGCUCUGUCUGACACACCGCUGGUCAGCCGGUUGGUGGUGGAACGUCGCAUCGGCAUCGUCUAGACGAGGCUCCGCCUGGUACGCCGUUGAUCAGCCGGUGGAAUGGAUCUCCGAAUUGGCACCGUUUACACGCGCCCAUCUGGUGCACCGUAGGAGACCGCAGGCUUUCGGCAAUGCCGUAAGCCAUUGGCAAAUUCGAGUCGUUCUUCCACUGCCAAAAAAACUCGUGGCCCACAGUGGAGUUCGGCCGCGCCAGCACAUCAAGCAGCCCCUAUUCAGGGGUCAGGGCACUGCUUCCUUCGGGGGGGCCUGGAAAAGCUGGCCUAAAAAUUGCUGGGGAACCACGUCGUCUGCCGGCGCACCGUGGUCGCAGACGCAAAACUCACGGUCGAAACAAUCAAACUCGAAACAACAACAACAACCAUACUCAUUCUCCUCAUCCUACCUCUUCUACCUCUACCUCCGUCUAUUCUUCUCCUUCGUCAUCUUCUUCUCCACCUCCUUCCCAUCGCCCCACUCGUUUUCCCCAGACUGACAGGGCGAGCCCGCUCACUCUGGCAGCCUGGAAUGUUCGUUCCCUUGUAGACAAUCCGAGGAGCAACCGACCGGAACGGAGGACGGCGCUAGUGGCACGAGAACUGGCGCGCUACAAGGUGGACAUCGCCGCACUCAGCGAGACCCGAUUCUCCGAACAAGGCCAACUGGAGGAGGUGGGUGCCGGCUACACCUUCUUCUGGAGUGGUCGACCCAGGGCAGGGCGACGAGACGCGGGCGUCGCCUUCGCCAUCCGGACCGACAUCGUGGGACGACUGCCCUGUUUGCCGCAGGGCAUCAACGAUCGCCUGAUGAGCCUCCGCCUGCCUCUCUGGGGAGGCAAAUUCGCCACCAUCAUCAGCGCCUACGCUCCGACGAUGACCAACCCCGACGCCGUCAGAGACAAAUUCUACGAGGACCUGCACGCCCUCUUGGCGACUGUGUCGAAGGCGGACAAGUUGAUUGUCCUUGGUGCCUUAACGCCCGCGUCGACACAGACCAUACUUUGCCAAUAG